AUGGUGCUCCUCCGCUCCCUCGGACGAGAUUGGCACAGCAAUAAUGGCCGGCCUGCCCCCGUGAAGCCGGCAUCAAGACUUGGCCGCAUCGAAGACCACGUCGUCUCCGGGGCACCCGAAUUCGUCUCGCCCGCGAAGGAGGGGACGGGCAGCGCCUACGUUCAACCGUCGUCAAAGCCUCGUGGUCCCCCUCCCCCUCCCCCACCACCACCACGGCGACGGGCCUCACCGUCGGGAGCAGGGGCGGAUUCCGCGGCGACACAUGCUCUCGGCCUGCAGCGACGCCUUGCCUGGCGCUCUUCGCCGCAGCCAGUGCUGCGUUGA